AUGAGGUCUUGUGACAGGACAGUGAACUGCUUUUGGACGUUGAUAAUAAUGCACUUGUACGGGUCAGCUACUUACAUCCUCUAUAUUCUUGUAGAGAAUAGUUUACAAAACAAAGAAGAAGAGGCACGUUUAAGAGAAGGAUCAUCGGCCCUGAUUGUCACACGUACUGAACCUAGUAAUGAACUUGUUCCUGCCGGUGGUACUCUUGGUGAAACACUUGACACAACAGGGAAGGAGUGUUUAAUAGCACGGUUUAGAACAUGCACUUGCACUGGAAAUACAGAGACAAAGGUCUCUAAAGGAUAUGCCAUUAUUGUUUAUAGAAAAAAGUGUUCACCAAUGUUGAGGCUGAAGAAGAAGAAGAAGAAGAAGAAGAAGAAUGCUUAAGCACGUCCCAUCAAACUCCAACGACAAGAGCAGAACGGCUUGGAGCUGUAACUGAACUCAUGGGACUUCAGGAGAUUAAAAAAAGCUUCUGACCGAUGUGAGAUUCGAGCCUGUUUCUUCACGGGAAACAUUGUUAUAUUCAAGAGAGCAGAUGAGGAAAAAUGAACUAUUAUUAGAAAAACAAUUAGGGGAAAUCGUGGAAAAGAAGGUUAGUGUGUUGCCGUGUAUGCCUAUCUUGAGAGAUGCUCACACUGAAGUAGAAAGUGAGAGAGUAAAGCUCAGAGUCGCUGAGACUAAGAUAAGAAAGAAAGAAAAGAACACAUGUGAGAUGUCUUAUAUAUAAUCAUGAGGAGGAGUACUACAUUAAUGUAAAAAAAAACGGAAGAGUCACGAAAAAGACAGAGUACAACAUUACUUGGGAAGUUUUCUCUAUCUAUCUAUCCCAUGAAAGAGCGUGUGGAAGCGCUAAACAAAAAGCAUGAAAAAAUUGUUAAUAAAAUGGCGAAGGAGCAUUCAAAGUGGCGUAGUAAGAUACAACAUGAACGAGAUGAUUGCUUGUUGGGGGCAUUGAGACACAAAAAAAAAAAAAGAGCUGUGGUAUUGUAUUAGAGACAAACGAGAAGAAUUUGCUUGUUCUUCAAGGGAGAGAGAAGUUUUCUGAGCAAGAGAAGAAGUGGGAAGAGGAGUGUAUACAGUCUCUCAGAUUACCAAAGACAGAACACGUCCAAGUGGUACUUAAGAGAAUCUGAAAGUUGUUUUUGGUGAUAUCUCCACUGAAGUUACAUGCGAGAUGGCAGUGCGUUUCCUCAUGACCAAUAUGGGGUGAAGCGAUCGAUAUCAAAGUCUGAACUUAAAAGAGAUAGAGAUGCUAUUGAGGAAUGUGGGCUGUUGUCAAACCAGACCGGAGCUAUCUUGCUGUGUGAGGAUGAUAAGGCGAGAUAUGCAAAGAUUUGAAGUGUUUCAUAGAGCUGCAAUGAAGAUACCAAGUGUUGGAGAUAUUGGUAGAGGGCAAAGAAUUGACGCGGAUGAUGGCAAGAGUGUGGCACUUAUCUUUUAUGAUGGUGAAAGAUCAAUUGCGUGGGGCUCAAGUAAACAAGAGACUGUUUGUAUUACUUUCAUGUGAAGCUGAAGACAUGGCACGCUGCAGUGGAUAUGGCAGUGGUUUCAGAAGAUAUGAUUUCAGGGGCAUGAAACACGCUUUUAUUAUGACUGAGUGAUAUUAAAUCUCACACAUAUAUGGCUUUGUGUUGGAACAAGCUGUAUGCGGAAGACCAGAGCUGAGGUACAGGCAUAAGCUUGUAUUGCCUGGAAAAUGAUUACGGGUUUGGUACACUUCCUGGCUCACGGGGAUCAUUUGAGUUAUCAGUUGAGAUGGAGACUAUACCAAAGGCUUGACAAGAUACAUGCACUCUUAUAUAUGGCACCGCUGGAGAUCUGUUUUACACGCAUAGAGAUGACUUAUGGGAUCAUGU